CGGCGGGAAGCUCGCUCCCGAGUGCCUGGGCUGGCAGUGUGGCUCGCAGCGGUGGCUCCGGGGAGAAGAACCAACCAUUCGGGGCUCUGAUGUGUGAAUGCGAGGUGGACAUCCGGGGGCUCCUCGGCCAGAGGCUGACCUCGGGGUGACCUCAUUUUGCACCGGGGAGAAGCGGCUCAGGCCACAGAGCUUGAUCCGCAGAGCUAUCCGUCUGCAGAGCUCUGGAAAGGGUCGGGCCGUGCUGUAGUCAUGCCCGUCUCACCACGUGUGCGGGUAGUCAAUGAAGACAGCCGCUGGCGGGUCACGGGGGCCGGAUCUCGGUCCGGUCUCCGUCGUUCCGGCACCUGAUACCGAGAUUAGCAUAAAGGAGGUGUCCAAUGAACGUCUGAAUGAAUGAAAAGGGCUGGGAACCCGCGGUGAGCGGGAAGCCGCUUGGAAAACACCCAUUUGAGGAGGUGUCUCAUCUAGGCCUGUGAAACGCUCACAUUUUCCCAGGACCCCUCCUCCCGGCCCGUGGGCCCCGCCUCCUGACCCCUCCAGUCCUUGUCCCCGUAGUAAUCCCCUCCGGUUUUCCUCAGUCUCCACGUACGUCCCCGAUGGCGCAUCCCAAAACCCGGAUAACCGGAGCGCUCCCCAUGGACUACACGGAGGGCUCGCCCGCGGAGGAGCGGCGUGCGCAUGCUCCAUCGCCGGGGAAGUUUGGUGAGCGGCCUCCACCUAAACGACUCACUAGGGAAGCUAUGCGAAAUUAUUUAAAAGAACGAGGGGAUCAAACAGUACUCAUUCUUCAUGCAAAAGUUGCACAGAAGUCGUAUGGAAAUGAAAAACGAUUUUUUUGCCCUCCUCCUUGUGUAUAUCUUAUGGGCAGUGGUUGGAAGAAAAAAAAAGAACAAAUGGAGAGAGAUGGUUGUUCGGAACAAGAGUCUCAACCCUGUGCAUUUAUUGGAAUAGGAAAUAGUGAUCAAGAAAUGCAGCAGCUGAACUUGGAAGGGAAGAACUACUGCACAGCCAAAACAUUGUACAUAUCUGAUUCAGACAAGAGAAAACACUUCAUGUUGUCUGUAAAGAUGUUCUAUGGCAACAGUGAUGACAUUGGCGUGUUCCUCAGCAAGCGGAUAAAAGUCAUCUCCAAACCUUCCAAAAAGAAGCAGUCAUUGAAAAAUGCUGACUUGUGCAUUGCCUCAGGAACAAAGGUGGCUUUGUUUAAUCGACUUCGAUCCCAGACAGUUAGUACCAGAUACCUGCAUGUAGAAGGAGGAAAUUUCCAUGCGAGUUCACAACAAUGGGGAGCAUUUUAUAUUCAUCUCUUGGAUGACGAUGAAUCAGAAGGAGAGGAAUUCACAGUUCGAGAUGGUUACAUCCACUAUGGACAGACUGUCAAACUUGUGUGCUCAGUUACUGGCAUGGCACUCCCAAGAUUGAUAAUUAGGAAAGUUGAUAAGCAGACAGCAUUACUGGAUGCAGACGACCCUGUAUCACAACUCCACAAAUGUGCAUUUUACCUUAAGGAUACAGAAAGAAUGUACUUGUGCCUUUCUCAAGAAAGAAUAAUCCAAUUUCAGGCCACUCCAUGUCCGAAAGAACCAAAUAAAGAAAUGAUAAAUGAUGGAGCUUCCUGGACAAUCAUUAGCACAGAUAAGGCAGAGUAUACAUUCUAUGAGGGAAUGGGCCCUGUCCUUGCUCCAGUCACUCCUGUGCCUGUCGUAGAAAGUCUUCAGUUGAAUGGCGGCGGGGAUGUAGCGAUGCUUGAACUUACAGGACAGAAUUUUACUCCAAAUUUACGAGUGUGGUUUGGGGAUGUAGAAGCCGAAACAAUGUACAGAUGUGGAGAGAGCAUGCUCUGUGUGGUCCCAGACAUUUCUGCAUUCCGAGAAGGUUGGAGAUGGGUCCGGCAGCCAGUCCAGGUUCCAGUAACUUUGGUCCGUAAUGACGGAAUCAUUUAUUCCACCAGCCUUACCUUUACCUACACACCAGAACCAGGGCCGAGGCCACACUGCAGCGCAGCAGGAGCAAUCCUCAGAGCCAACUCAAGCCAAGUGCCCACCAACGAAUCAAACACAAACAGCGAGGGAAGUUACACAAAUGCCAGCACAAAUUCAACCAGUGUCACAUCGUCCACAGCAACCGUGGUGUCCUAA